GAAAAAGAAAAACAAAAAGAAAAAAAUGUUAAAAUCCCAACAAAACCCAAAACCCUAUUUCUUAAAACCUUUCUUCUAUCUGUCUCUCAUUUCUAACUCAACACAGAGUGAAGUCUUAUCUGACCACUCCUCUUCAUCACCCAAACUCCACAACCCUAAUCUCUCUCUAUCUCUACUAUUUCUCUCUCUACACCUAUCAUUUCCAUAUACAAUUUGAACAUUUGGUCGAUGACAACCCACUGAUUGUGUCCUUGGUCGAUUGACAAUGCCGACGAAGCAGCGAUGCCGAAAGAACCUCGAUUCUCCUAUUGAGACCGCAAUUAUGAAGAAGAGAAAGAAGAAGAAACUCAAUGAAGCCAUUUUUAGUACGGACCAUAUUCUGAAGAAGGUGUUCCGAAAAGAUGGUCCUCCACUCGGUUUCGAGUUCGAUUCUCUCCCUUCCCAGGCUUUUCUCCUUUGUCAAAAAGCACGACCGGGUACUAGAAAUCCUCAUCGUGCUUGCCAAGAAAACCAAAGAGCACUCAAAGGAAGAAAGGAUUCUAGAAAUCCUCAUCAUGCUUGCCAAGAAAACCAAAGAGCACCCAAAGGGAGAAAGGUUCCUAGAAGUUCUCCUCCUGCUUGCCAUGAAAAUCAAAGUGCAGUCAAGAGGAGAAAGGUUUCUGAGCCUAACAUCUUGGACCACCAAGCUUGUAAUAAGAGUGCUCCGGUAAAGAAACAUGGUAUUGGGAAAGGUAUGAUGACAGCUUUUAAUAAGGGUGCUCCUGUAAAGAAGCAUGGCAUUGGGAAAGGUUUGAUGACAGCUUUUAAUAAGAGUGCUCCUGUAAAGAAACAUGGUAUUGGGAAAGGUUUGAUGACAGUUUGGAGGGCAACGAAUCCUGGUGCUGGAGAUUUCCCUACUGGUGUUGACUUUACUGAGAGAGAUUGCACUGGUGUUCUUCAAAUGUCAACUUCUACAUCACAAAAGCCACCUAAAAGGGGGAAAAAAUCGCGGCAACAACGACCCGUAAUGAAAAGAUUGGGAAACAAACAACAAAAUAAGAGGAAGCCUCCCAUAAGAAGCAAAAGGGUGGAAUGUAAUAUAAUUGAGGAGCAGAGGCAGCCACGCAAGGAAAAAUGUGAACUUUCUCUGGAAGGAGUGGGAAGUCAAGAAGACCUCGAUCAAUUUACAAAACUAGUGGAUGAUGAGGAGCUGGAGCUGAGAGAAAUACAAGCAGGAACGAAUCCAUUAACUUGCUCUGCUCAUUUCGCUACCAAUGGAUUGCACAGUUGUUCCCUUUGCAAAGAUUUGCUGGCCCAGUUUCCUCCAAAUUCUGUCACGAUGAAACGACCAUUCUAUAUGCAACCAUGGGAAUCUUCUCCAGAGCUUGUCAAGAAACUGUUUAAGGUCUUCCAUUUCCUUUAUACAUAUGCUGUUACGAUUGAUGUAUGUUCCUUCACCCUGGAUGACUUUACUCAAGCAUUUCUUGACAAGGAUUCAUUAUUACUUGGAAAAGUUAACAUGGCCCUUCUCAAACUUCUUUUGUCUGAUGUUGAAACGGAGCUUGGUAAUGGAUUUUUCCCUCAUGCAAGCAAAAAUUGCAAGUUCCUUGGGUUGCUUUGCUCAAUUGAGCAUCAAGAGUUUGUUGUGGAGUGCUGGAAGAAAUCACUAAACCCCCUGACUUGGACAGAAAUAUUGCAUCAAGUAUUUGUUGCUGCUGGUUUUGGUUCAAAACAUGGUACAUUGCGGAGGGAAUCUCUUAAUACGGAAGCCAAUCGUAUGGUAAAGUUUGGCUUAAGUCCUGGUAGUUUGAAGGGUGAAUUGUUUGGUAUCUUGUUAGAGAAAGGAAAUAGUGGGUUGAAAGUUUCCGAGUUGGCGAAGUUUUCACAGAUUGUUGAAUUAAAUCCUGCUGCUACAGCAGAUGAACUAGAAUUUUUAAUAAGCUCGACACUUUCAAGUGACAUUACCUUAUUCGAGAAGAUAUCAUCCUCCGCAUAUCGUGUACGUUUUAAUUCUAUCAUAGAGGAAGCUGAAAAUUUUCAAUCAGAUUCCGAGGACUUUGGAAGCAUUGCCGAUGAAUCUAGGGACAGCGGUCAAUACAGCAGUGCUGAUGAUUCUGAGUGUGAUUCCGGAGCUUCCAGUCCGGCUAAACUUAAGCGAAGCAGCCGUUCUAUAAGUGGGAAUAACAUGUUGAAAGUAUAUACUGAAAUCGAUGAGAGCUAUCCUGGGGAAGUAUGGUUGUUAGGGCUGAUGGAAGGUGAAUAUUCAGAUUUAAGUAUUGAAGAGAAGUUGAAUGCCUUAGUGGCUUUGGUUGAUCUUGUUAGCGCUGGGUCCAGUAUCAGAAUGGAGGAUCCGGUAACAACAAUUGCAGAAAGUGUUCCCAAUGUCAAUUAUGUUGGUUCUGGUGCAAAAAUAAAGAGAUCAUCAAUAAACCAACAGAACUUAAACAAGCCAUUUGGAGGUCUGAAUGGACAAGUGCUUGGUGUAAAAGAACUAAAUACAACAUCAGUUCUUCCCCCUGUUGAUUCUUUAGCAUCUAUCUCAAAGACCCAUGUGAAGGAGAAAUCCUCUUGCAAAAGAAAGGAUGCAAAAGAAAUGGAAGCUGAGGAUGAUGUUCAUCCUAUGCAAUCAAUCUUUUUGGGCUCUGAUCGUAGGUACAAUAGAUACUGGCUUUUCUUGGGCCCUUGUGAGGAUUUUGAUCCUGGGCACAGAAGGAUUUAUUUUGAGUCUUCUGAAGAUGGUCAUUGGGAGAUUAUUGAUAGUGAAGAGGCUUUGAGUACCUUGUUGUCAGCUUUGGACUGUAGGGGCACACGAGAGGCUUUCCUUCUUGCAUCUUUGGAGAAACGAGAAGCAUUUCUCUGCCGUGCAAUGUGCAGCAUGCUGAAUGAUGCUGGAAUUAGGCAACUGACGCUAUCUGAUCAAUCUGAGCUGAAUAUGUCCAGAGAAAACAGUUCUUCACCAGUGUCUGAUGUAGACAACAAUCUUUGCAUGACUGAAUUAAGGAAAGAUUUUCCAGCUUCUUCUGGUGCCAUUGUUCUUGAAACUGGGAAGAAACGAGAACAGGAAAAGCAGAAAUGGAGUCGCAUUCAAGCGUUUGACACCUGGAUAUGGAAUUCUUUUUAUUCCAAUCUUAAUGCUGUUAAAUAUAGCAAAAGGUCUUCUCUUGAUUCACUUAAUAGAUGUGAAUGUUGUCAUGAUUUGUAUUGGAGAGAUGAGAGGCACUGUAAGACUUGCCAUAUGACAUUUGAGCUGGAUUUUGAUCUGGAAGAAAGAUAUACAAUUCAUACUGCUACAUGUAAGGACAAUGGACACACUGAUGCAUUUCCGAAGCAUAAAGUUCUAUCAUCACAGUUGCAAUCUCUCAAAGCUGCAAUUCAUGCAAUUGAGUCAGUUAUGCCUGAAGAUGCCUUGGUAGGGGUUUGGACGAAAUCUGCUCAUAAGCUGUGGAUCAGACGGCUGAGACGGACCUCGACUUUGGCGGAGUUUCUACAGGUUCUUGCUGAUUUUGUUGGUGCCAUCAAUGGAGACUGGUUGUCGCAGUGCAAUGUUGGUGUGGGAGCCGAUUCUGCAUUGGAAGAAACCGUUUCUAGUUUUUCUUCAUUGCCCCGAACUUCAUCUGCAGUUGCACUCUGGUUGGUAAAAUUAGAUGCAUUGAUUGCUCCUCAUUUGGAAAGGGUUCAUUCUAAAAGGAAACCGGAAACACGCACAAGAUCCGAAGGUAUGCGAGCUAAUCAAUAGACUACCAUUUUUGCUCUGGGAGAGUGAACAAGAAGUAGCACAUCACAUUUUUGUUCAAAGUACCGCACACCCUUCAUCUUCACUCCGUCAUCAGAAUCAUGACUUGCUAAUCAAUCAAGCAAUUGCAAUCUUUCUUGGAUUCCUAUUACAAAAAAUCAUCCCCAUUAUAGUUGGCUCCUCAACGGAGAGGACAAAAGGUCAAAUCCGAAGAUUGUACAACUGUGAUUUUGACUCUUCCCAUUUGUUACAAUUUCCUCUUCGUAAGUCAAUUUGAUUAAUUAGUUGAUGUACAGCAAUAGAUAGGGUUUUACAGAAUAUGUAGUAUGGUAUUGUUCGCCGGUGCUCGCCUCGCUCUUGCAGAGUCAUUUGUAAGUAGAAAAGAAUGCUACAGUCUCUUUGAUGGCAGAGAAAUAAAAUUUUGUUGUGGUUA